CGAUUCUUCGAGAGCUCCAAUCGUCUCUCCACCGUUGUUCCGGAGGAUUUUGCGUCGUCUUCGGACGAGGAUGACGACUUUGACGACUGCCGGAUCUCGUUCUCCUCUACCGUCUCCCGCGUCGCUCCCGCGGCGGAGAUGUCGCCGGAUUAUGAUAUCUGGAUGGCGGCCCCGGGGUCUGUGAGGGAGAGACGUCGUCGUCUUCUCAGCGGCAUGGGGCUGGAGUCGAAGAAGAAUAUGCUUGGCUCUGUCUUCAUCCAGCGAGUGGUUUCUACCAAACUGCCGCCGACGGUGAAGCUCGGUGGUCACGACCUAAGCAGAAGCGUUACAAGAGCAAAGCGAGAGGGUCAUUAUCAGAAACCGCCAGUAGACCAACGGAUCGAUCGGUUUUCGCCAAUGCCGGUUCUGCUCGUACGGUCGAGAUCACAAUCCGAUAUUGAGAUGAAUUCUGCUGAUAAAUCGAGGAAGGAGGAGAUGUUAGGGAAGACCUCGAAGUCGCGUCUAACCAGAACCAUGUCGAUGAUUGUGGCGCCGUGCGCAAGAAUCUGUCCGUGUUACACUCCGGCAAGAGAGUUGCCAGAGGACGCACAAAUCGGCCAACCCACCGCUCAACGCAGCGGCGCGUUUCUCUCUUCAGCCAUUUCGAAAACUAGGUUUGAUGCGUUUUUGCUGAUAAAGAAUCUUGAUACAGGGAAAGAGUUUGUGGUGAAGGAGUCUGGCGAGAAUGGUAUGUGGAAUCGACUCAGCGAUCUGCAAACCGGUAAACAAUUGACAAUGGAAGAAUUCGAGAAGAGUGUUGGGUAUUCGCCGGCUGUUAAGGAGCUUAUGCGGCGAGAAAACGUAACGUCGAGCAUUGAUUCGAGUAAAAUCAAUUCAUAUGUGUCAAAGAGCUUAAGGAUAAGUAAGAAGACAGGGGCUGCUCUUUUGAAGAACAUAAAGGAUGUUGCUCAUUCUAUGAGCUUGAGGGUUUCAGAGAAGGAACCAAAUGGAAAUGCCAAUGGCCCCAACAGCCCCAAAGAAACAGACCAGAAACAUGCUAAGAGCAGUGACCAGUCGAAUCAAUGGGUGAAAGUGAGACAGUCAGGAUAUUCGCAUAAAGAGCUAAGUGCCUUGCAUAUGUCCCAGGAUAUUCAAGCUCACAAGGGAGCAAUUUGGACAAUGAAGUUCAGUUUAGAUGCGCAUUGGUUGGCGAGUGCAGGGGAGGAUCGAACAGUGCUAGUGUGGGAGGUACAGGAUUGUGAAAUUAUGUCCAUGAAUGAAGGAAAUUUGACACCUCUUCAUCCUUCCAUGUCUGGUUUACUCGAUAGAUCCCCUGCUGCCGAAGAUGUUUUGACACUGCCAUCAGAGAAGAAGAAGAAGAAGAAAGGGAAAAAUUCAGCAGCCAAGAAAGGGAGUCAAAUCCCAGAGUAUGUCCAUGUUCCUGAAACCGUUUUCUCAUUGUCGGAUAAACCUAUAUGCUCUCUUUCUGGUCACUUGGAUGAUGUUUUGGACUUGUCCUGGUCACGUUCGCAGCAAUUGCUUUCGUCCUCUAUGGACAAAACUGUACGGUUAUGGGAUAUCGAAACUCAAAGCUGUCUGAAGCUGUUUGCACACAAUGACUAUGUGACUUGCAUACAGUUCAAUCCAUUGGAUGAAGAUUAUUUCAUCAGUGGCUCCCUUGAUGGCAAGGUUCGAAUAUGGAACAUACCCAAUCGUCAGGUCGUGGAGUGGAGUGAUAUCAACGAAAUGGUUACUGCAGUCUGCUAUGCUCCCGACGGCCAGGCUGCAUUUGUUGGUUCACACAAAGGGAACUGCCGGCUAUACAGUGCAGAAGAAUGCAAAUUAGAACAAACGAACCAGAUUGACAUGCAAUACAAGAAGAAAGCUCAAGCUAAAAAGAUCACGGGAUUCCAGUUUUCCCCAAUUAACCCAUCAGAAGUUCUCGUUACUUCGGCUGAUUCCCGCAUUCGGAUUUUGAACGGGACUGAACUCACUCACAAAUUCAAAGGUUUCAGAAACACGAGCAGCCAGAUCGCGGCUUAUUACACUCAAGAUGCCAAACACAUAGUUUCCGCAAGUGAAGAUGCUCAGGUUUAUGUCUGGAAACACGAAGAACGACGACCAGGAAUUAUCAGCAGAAGAGCAACAACCACCGUUCCAACCUCAUCUUCAUACGAAAGCUUCGCUUGCAAGGACGUCUCAGUAGCAGUCCCAUGGAACGGCGUCGUAAAAGGCGAACCACCGCCUGUCGGACGGAACGGUAAAAAACCCGCCGGCCUCCCGCCACUCCCGAAGAAAAACAACGACAAAAACACUGAAGGCGAGGAAACGGAUACAGAGAUGUCGUGUAAUGAGGCAGAAAACAACAAUGGAGAGUCGUUGUCAUCGUCGUCAUCAUCGUCUAUAUCGUCUCGGCUGUCGUCAUGGUCAUGGUUCGACGGAAGUGGAGGACACGGGUCACAUUCCGUACAGCCCACGGCUUGGGGAAUGGUGAUAGUGACCGCUACGGUUACCGGCCAAAUCCGAGCUUAUCAGAACUUCGGAGUUCCCCGACGAGUCAGCCGUCAGGGCUCUCUGUUUUCUUACUCCACUUCAUGACUACACAAUUCGGUAGAUCAACCAAAGUAAUAGUUGAUAGAAGAUUUUGUAUAGCCCUUUUUAAAUUAGAAAUUUACAUUAUGGUUUUUGAUUCGGUUAUAUUCGUGUUUGGUUUUUCGUUUUAAAAAUGUUUUCAUUCUAUUUUUA